AUGUCCGACGUUGUUGAAGGUCUGACCAAAAGUGCUCUGAAAAAGAAAGCAAAGGAGGAGGAGAAAGCUCGACAGAAGGCAGAGAAAGCCGCGAAGGCCAAGGAGGCCGAGCAGGUCAGAGAAGCCGCAGAAGGGCUCGACUACGCAGCAGCGCACUAUGGAAAGCUUCCUCUGCACCAAUCCCAGUCGCGCCCCAAUCGUAAGCGCACUGACAUCGCAACUCUCAGCGCCAAGAAUGAUUCCGAACACGUUCUUCUUCGUGCUCGGAUUCAAACUUCACGUCUUCAGUCAAACAAGAUGGCGUUUCUUAGUCUUCGUCAACGGACCGACACAAUCCAGGCCAUGCUUGCUGUCAACGAUAAACAAGUUAGCAAACAAAUGGUCAAGUGGGUUGCUAGUCUCUCCGACGAGAGUAUCGUCCUCGUUCAUGGGACAGUAGUAAAGUCGCCGGAAUCCAUUAAAAGCUGCUCGAUCGAUGACGUCGAAAUCCAUGUCAGCGAGCUCUGGUUGGUUGCAGGCGUCGAAGGCCGAUUGCCAUUUUCUCUUGAUGAUGCAUCCAGAUCAGAAACCGCCCCUGAAAUCGAGGGGCAGUUCAGUAGAGUUUUAUUGGACACCCGCUUGAACAACCGUAUCGUCGAUCUUCGGACGCAAACAAAUCAAGCAAUUUUCAAGCUUCAACACGCCAUUGGAGACCUAUUCCGUGACUACCUCAACAACAACGGCUUCACCGAGAUCCACAGCCCGAAAUUGCAGGGAGCAGCUACCGAAUCAGGAGCAUCCGUCUUCAAGGUUGGGUACUUCAAAGGCAACGCGUUCCUUGCGCAGUCCCCUCAACUGGCCAAGCAGAUGGCUAUCGCCGCCGACUUUGAGCGAGUCUACGAGAUCGGGCCCGUCUUCCGUGCUGAGGACUCGAACACCCACCGACAUCUCACCGAAUUCAUCGGACUUGAUCUGGAGAUGACAAUCGAAGAGCACUACCACGAGGUAAAAGAGCUCCUUGACGGAAUGUUCAAGACUAUUUUCAAGGGUCUGAAAGAGAGAUAUGCAAAAGAGAUCGCAGUGGUUGGCAAGCAAUUCGAGGCGGAGGAGUUCAAAUGGAGAGAGGAGACCUUGACUCUGACAUUUAGAGAAGCAGUGGACCUUCUCGUCGAGGAUGGCGUUGACCGCGAAAUUUUAGAUGAUAUCAACACGGAGAACGAAAAGAGGCUCGGCCGGCUCGUAAAGGCCAAAUAUGAUACCGACUAUUUCAUCAUUGACAAAUUCCCCCUCGAGCUUCGUCCAUUUUACACCAUGCCCGACCCUAAUGACCCAACUCUCACCAACUCUUAUGACUUCUUCAUGCGUGGCGAGGAAAUUCUUUCCGGGGCACAACGUAUCCACGACCCUGAGUUCCUCUGCCAGCAAAUGCAAGCAAAAGGUGUUGAUCCUGAGAGUAUGAAGGGCUAUAUCGACGGAUUCCGUAUGGGAUGCCCUCCCCAUGGCGGAGGAGGCAUUGGUCUCGAGCGGGUACUCAUGCUGUUCUUGAAGCUGAACAACAUCAGACGCGCCUCCCUCUUCCCAAGAGACCCCAAGCGCCUUGAGCCUUAA